AAUACCAGGACAGAACUGGAACGAGUCCAGAGUUUGUUUGAGCGUACCGACACUUUGACGAUCUGGGAGAAAUCUCAGUAGAAUGAAGAAAGCUUUAAGCGUUUACGGUGAGAUUUUAAGGUUGGUCAGGAAAUUACCAAAAGAUUCCAGACCUUACUAUUCCAAAUAUGCAAGAGAGAAUUUCGUCAAUUACAGAGAAGUUGACACAAUUACUGAUCCAAAUAUCCUCGACGAACUCUUCAAUAGAGCUUAUAAUCAUGCCAUCUGGGUUCUCAAAAAGUACUCGGUGGAUCAAUCUGCAGCUGAGAAACUGAAGAAGAUCUGUAGCAAUUGAAUAGAUAUCUGAAUUUUGCGUGGUAACUGUUUGUUAAAAUUCUCCAAUGAGUGUCACUUCUGAAAUGUUUUGUGUGUUGUAUUAGUCUUCUUUGUUAAUAAUGUGAUGUAGUGAUUUGUCUGUGAAACUUUGUUAUCUGCUUCUAAGGCAUUUGAUAUUUUACACAAAGAACACAAUUUGGUAAAUUUUAUUUUCAUGAAUUUUAGAUAUGA